AGAAGAAGCAGAAACAGCAGCAGCAACAGCAAGGCCUGGAUGUGAAUCGAGAGGAGCCGCAUCUCUCCGAAGGCCGGCAAUUGAGGAAGGCCAAGAGGAAGAGGCGACGCUGGGCUUGGAGAAGAGCGAGGAGCCCCAGAGUAUUGGGACUCAAGAGAGCAGCAUUGGUGCUUGUCUGCAUCUUGUAAAAAGAGCUAGAGCUCCUUGCCCCCUGCAUACUGUCUGGCAUCCAUCCUUCCUUUGGAGCAUUCAAGGACACAAAAGCUGCAGGAUGCGGUUGGGAUUUAUGCAGGACUAAAACAAGAAAAUAUUCUGGUAAUUUACCCCUGUUGAGAAUAUGGAAUCAAUUUCUAUGAUGGGAAGUCCUAACUAUUUAAAUGAAGCCUUCUUGCCAAAUGGUGUAAAUGGUAUCAAGGACAGCACUAAGACUACAAUAGGCAUAAUUGGAAGCGGUGACUUUGCUAAAUCCUUGACGAUUAGGUUGAUCAGGUGUGGUUAUCAUGUUGUCAUUGGAAGCAGGAACCCCAAGUUUGCUGCUGAGUUCUUUCCACAUGUUGUCGAUAUCACUCACCAUGAAGACGCUGUAGGAAAAGCAAAUUUAAUUUUCAUUGCCAUACACAGAGAACACUAUGCUGCUUUGUGGGACCUCAAACAUCUACUUGUUGGGAAAAUCCUUGUAGAUGUCAGCAACAACAUGAGAGUCAACCAAUAUCCAGAAUCCAAUGCAGAAUUCUUGGCAUCCCUUUUUCCAGAUUCUUUUGUUGUCAAAGGAUUCAAUGUUAUUUCAGCCUGGGCACUGCAACUGGGACCAAAAGAUGCUAGCAGACAAGUCUACAUCUGCAGUAACAGUGUUCAAGCUCGCCAUCAAGUUAUUGAACUUGCCCGUCAACUCAACUUCAUUCCCCUUGAUUUGGGAGCUUUAUCUUCUGCAAGGGAGAUUGAAAACUUACCACUUCGAUUGUUUACACUGUGGAAAGGCCCAGUAAUCAUUGCUAUUAGCCUGGCCACCUUCUUCUUCAUCUAUUCGUUCAUCCGAGAUGUAAUACAUCCUUAUGUGAAGAAUCAGCAGAGUGAUUUCUACAAGAUCCCUAUUGAAAUUGUAAACAAGACCUUGCCAGUGGUUGCAAUCACUUUAUUGUCUCUAGUGUAUUUAGCAGGGCUCUUGGCAGCUGCUUAUCAGCUGUAUUAUGGCACUAAAUACAAACGAUUUCCACCCUGGUUGGAGAGCUGGUUGCAGUGUAGAAAACAGCUUGGACUGCUUAGUUUUUUCUUUGCAAGUGUGCAUGUGGUUUACAGCUUGUGCUUGCCCAUGAGGAGGUCAGAACGAUAUUUAUUCCUAAAUACGGCUUAUCAACAGGUCCAUGAAAAUGUUGAAAAUUCUUGGAAUGAAGAAGAAGUGUGGCGAAUUGAAAUGUAUGUCUCCUUUGGUAUAAUGAGCCUCGGGCUACUUUCUCUGUUGGCUGUAACUUCAAUUCCUUCAGUUAACAGAUCAUUAAAUUGGAGAGAAUUCAAUUUCAUUCAGUCUACACUUGGAUACGUUGCUCUGGUCAUAAGUACUUUCCAUGUAUUAAUUUAUGGCUGGAAAAGAGCCUUUAAAGAAGAAUUCUACAGAUUUUACACGCCACCAAAUUUUAUGCUUGCCCUUGUCUUGCCAUGCAUAGUCAUUCUGGGUAAGAUCAUUUUACUUCUACCGUGUAUAAGCAGGAAACUGAGACGGAUUAAAAAAGGAUGGGAAAAAAGACAAUAUAUGGAAGACGGAACUGGAACUGGUUCACAUCCCUCACCAGAAAGGAUUACAAUCAUGUGAUUGUACAGCGACACCAUUAGCUCUGUCAUGUUGUGCUCUCCAAAUUUUUUCGUUCAUACCAGUUUUGCUGCAGACUAAAAAACUAAUCUAGGAGAAUAAAGUGGUGGUAAACCAUCAGGAAAUGAGCAAUAAAGAUGAUGACAGACAUAAUAUUUUGAGCAUGAAACAAAUGGUAUGAAUAAGUACUUGCUGUUUUGUUUUCUAGCCAGUCAAAAUUUAUUUAACCCAUUUUUGCCAGCUUAGGCUGCAUUUCUAAAUACCAUGGAAUAACUAACAUUGAUCUCAUUGGGGUUUAUUUGUAAGUAAACCUAUUCUUUGGUGGGAAUGUCAGAUUCGAAGCUGAACAGUGGGCAUCUUUAAAACAUAAGGUGAGACUUACUGGAUCAAAAAAGGCCAAUUUAGUCCACCAUUAUGUUUGUACUGUUGCCCAACCAAGUGAGCAGCCAAGGAAGCUCAGCAGUAAGACAUUUUCUGUCCUAGCACUCUGAGCAAUACUGGCUGCCUUGAUCUUCUACAGUGCAAGUUCCCCAGCAACUUAUGGUCAUCUGUCGGGGGUGCUUUGAAUGCAAUUUUCCUGCUUCUUGGCAGGGGGUUGGAGUAAGUGGCCCUUGUGGUCUCUUCCAACUGUAUUAUUCCAAGAUAUAUUCCCCUCUGAGACUGGAGUUAAUACAUAGUUAUCAUGACCCGUAGCCAUUGAUAGCCUUAGCUUCUAUAAAUUUUUCUAUCUUCUUUCAAAGCCAUCUAAAGUAGUGGUUGUCACUACAUCUUGUUAACGCAUUCCAUAGUUUGACUGUGCACUGUGACCUUCAUUUUGUCUCUCCACUAUCGCCAAAAACCUGCAGGAGAUAAAGUGCAAGUCAGUUCUUCUCCUUAUACACAGCCUUUCCUGCCAUCCAGAGUACCUUCCCUGUAGCCCUGGUAAUUUUUACCAUCCUUGGGAAGCGGUCAUGGCUUUGUUUUCUUUGAUUGUUUCCAGCUCCCUCCCACACUCAGAGCCUGCAGUCCAAGUUGCCUGGAUCUGCUUACAGAGUGUCUCCAGCUCAAGACUGUUCAGGGUAGCUUUUCAAAUGAAAAUGGUAGCUAGAGAUAGGUACUCAGCUAAUUUUUAGUAUCAAUAUUGUAGCCAAAUAAGACCUCCCUGAUAAAGUUCUCUAAAGGAAUUGUUUCUCCAGAAUCUCUUUAGAAACAGAACCAGCUCUGAGAAGAGUUGGGACCAUAAAAAAUGACAAACUGAAGUUGCCUUGUCAUAUCCUGUAGUGGAAGGUUGUUCUCCAGCUUUGAAUCUGGCAAUGCUAAAUAUCAGCUUUCCUUUUCACAUUUAGAAGUAUUUUAAAGGGUUGCUUGCAUAUUCCAAGAUAGCCAAGAGCUACUGAUUAGAGUUUGUGGGCUCAGUUACACUGUCUAAAUGCCUUUUGUUUCUGCAAAAUGAGCCAGCCUGGUAUUGUGAUUUGAGCAUUAGACUAUGGUUUUGGAGACAACAGUUCAGCUCCCUGCUCAGCCAUAGAAAUGUAUUGGGUGACCUUGGACAGGUCAUACCCUCUAAGCUUCAGACUUAGGAGUGAAACCAGGAGAACAGAAUGAAGCAGACACACAUCUAAGGGCCAAAAUGCUAUUGAAUGCUAUUUUGCACAGUUUUUCAUAAAAUUAGAUUUUAUCUCACCUUUUCUAGACAGUAUUUCUGUUUCUUAGAAGUAUUUGAGACAUCCUUUUUAAUAUUAGCCCUAGGUGUUCAAGAUACUGCUUCUUUUUAAAAAGUUAAUAUUUUCAUUUGUUCCAGAAGUGAGAAUACCUUUUACAAUUUUAAUUAGCAGAUUCACAGUAAGGGCAUUACAAAUAUGAAACACUUUAUAUGCAGGGGCUGAAUCUAUGUAAGGGUAGGUUCAGAAUCUGAUGAAUUCAUCUUGAUGCACAUAGAUAUACACUGAUAGUAGCCAUCCUUUUCUUCCACCAGUCAUAUAAAACGUCUGUUUAGACAUGCCUAAUUCAGGAUCAGACUUGUUGAACCUAUGUUUAGAGAAAUUCUAAUGCUUUAAUAACCUUAGUAAUUGUAAUUUUAAUUGAAAAAAUCUAUAGUUUUGUGACAAAUAUUCGGGGUAUAUAUGUAGUAUGUGAGGGUUCUCUGACUUACUAGUACUAUUUAAAUAUCAUUUACAGUGCACAAAUUGUAAUUUGUCUUGUGUUUGUGAAAACAAAAUCUGCAACCGAAAUGAAUGUGACAAAACAAAGUUAAUUUUAACAGUAUUUUACAGGUUUUUAAUAACAUUAUGAUUUGAUAACCCCAUAAAUCAGAAAUUGUUCUCUAAGGUUUUUUAAAAUGACAUUUCAAUUUUAUUUCUUGUUGGAUAGCACUUUGUUGAAUAACACUUAGAACAGGGAUGAACAAUUGCAACACAUAUGUGGGUCAGUUUUUUUUGUCUCUGGGGCCCACUGUUAAAAAGGCUGAAAGACAACAACAAAACCAAAAAUGUCUGGAAGUCCACUUUUAAAAGGAAGAAUAGGUAAUUUGGAUACUGAAGAGUACAGGGUAGCUGUAUAACCUAUUUCAAAAGGGAAUUGCUGCUCAAGAAAGCAUCAAGAAGAGACAAUUAACCCUCUCUCACACACACAUAUACUUUAGGAGGGGGCAAAAAAGUGGUGGCCCAGGGAUUUUGGAAAUUAUAAAUGCGACCUUGGGAGAGUCCAAGUCUGCACUUUGCCACCUAUGUUUUUGCUGUCAUUCUAUUUUGUUUUUUCAUUAACAGCACGUUGCUUUGCUAUUCAGGAGGAACCCAUAUAGUUUACAAAUGUCUUGUUCGGGGUGCCAAACUAGUUAUGAUGCCAAAUGUAUCAUUUGAAAGUAUGUCAGAAUAGCUGCAUUUUUGAAGAAAAAAUACUUAAAAAUCAAAUAGUAUACGAAUGAAGGGUUUUCAUGAGCAUGAAUGCGCAAAAUGAGAAGAACUUUAACCUUCUCCCUGCCUCAGACCUUCUGAUGUAAUGUGCUACUGUUUGUCUUAGAAAUCAAAUACUUAGGAAAGUAGUUCUGUUUUUACAGAUUUCCCCCUUUUGUCUUUUUCCUCAUUAAGUGUAUGGGUAGCCAAGCCAUGGGUAAUUUACAGCAUACCUAUUUACUGAAUGUACUCAGACCAUGUAAGUGACAUCUGGCUUCUGUGGGCAGUCACAAUAGCUCCUGAUCAGUCCAUGCAGUAAUAACAAGCACAAGAAGCUGUGCAAUACUCAACUCCCAAUUGUACCGUGUCGGAGUUUAGCUGCUUAGGCUAAGGAGGACCAUAUCACCAUGCUAGGGCACUUUUGUGGGCCAUGUUAUUACUUCCAUGAGAUUUACUGGGAUAUCAAUCUUAUCCACACUAGGAAGUAUCAAUCCCAUGCACACUAGGAAGACAAUUCCAGUGGGAUUUUCUUCUAAAUGAAUGUGUUGAGGAGCAGGUUGUAUGUGGGCCAUCUCCAUGUGUUCAGAUUCCCAUUUCUUCAGAGAUAUGACCCUUCUCUGCUAUGAGGGCAAACUCUCAGUAUGUACGCCAAAACCUCUUUUGUGUAUGUGCAUGUGUGCAUCUUUAUGGUUUUCCUUCUUACACAAAAUAAGGCACUGUGUGUCUGGAUUAGAGCCAGUGUUUAGCUUCUAGCCAUAAGUGUUUUGAAAAAUACUUUGUCAUGGGUCAGGAAAGCUCGGCCUGCGGGCCAUAUCCUUUCUUAACGAUUUAAAUUCAAAAUGCCCUCUGUGUCCAGUAGUAAGUAUGCGGGAAUAAUUUUUGCCAUGCUCCCUGGGCUGUUAUAAGCUUGGAAGGAGUUAUUUAGAACUAGAAAUGGUUUCUAGUUUAUUUCUUGGAUUUUAAAAAGGACCUUCCUGGUUUAAAUUGACCACUUUUUACCUAACACAACCAGAGGUGGUGUGGUAUUGAAAUUACCCCUUAUGCCCCCCUAGAAGGUGCAAAGAGCAUUUUUGUUUUAAUAGUUAGAACAAUUCAUGGAUGUGAAGCAUGAUCCUCCAAGGUAAAAUAAGAGGGAGCUCAGGUUUUUGGGUAGUUGCCCAUCUGAGCUGCAGAAGUGUCUUAAGUAAAAUAAUGUCUUAAAUUAUUUUUCAAAUUGUUUAUAUAAAAACAUAGAGAUUAUUUUAUUUUAUAUAACAUUCAGAUGGAUAUAUUACUAAAACUGUAUUUUUGGAUAAAAUCAGGGAAGAGUAACACUGAAAUAUGUAUGCUACAUAAAUGUUUUGCCAUAUAUAAACUGAUUACAUGUGAGUUCUUUCUGUUUGUUUAAUCUUUAGGGGCAUGUGGGUUGAUGGAGAAUUGUGACCCAGUUUAUACAGAACACUGUGGGUCAAAUACUGCUGGCUAUGUUAAGUAUAAAAUAAUGUCAGGUUCACAAAAACAGUAUGAUUCUAAAAUAGUUUUUAAAAAUCCUAUUCAGGUUGUACUGUGCCACUAUGAAUGUUCAUAGAAUCAAGCCUUUUGCAACAUACUCAUUGUUAUUACCAAAAAAUAUACAUGCUGCACCCAUGCACAGACCAGGAAGACAUAGAGCUUCAUCUAAAUUUAGAUAUACAGAGAUUUUAAUCUCCAAUUACAAAUCAUAUGGGGUUUUCAUUCUCUCUUCUCUGUUGCAAUCCCACCAGUCCUCCCAAAUUGUGACAGAAAGGGUUGGAAGGAGAUGUUGAAUGGUGUUCAGUGGGAAAGGGCAAGGAAGUGUCUGAAAAUAAAGGAAAGACAGCAUAAUGGAGUGAAGUAUCAGUCCUCUCUUUAUUUGAUGUAGCUUGAUAACCUAAUUUGUAAAUGGGAACUAGAGCCUCUUUUUUGGAUGCAAAGGGAAGCUGUGAUUUAACAGACUCGUGAAUUUUUCCAGUAUGUGCACGAAAGAAGGAAGCAAAUAGUUUUUACAUGAGUAUCAUUAUGUCUGAACUGGGCCAUUAUAUAAAAUUCUCUCCAAAUAUGUUCUAUAGAAUCUGUGCCAAUUGUUAUGUUUGGAGUGGGGUAUAAGCCAUAUAAAUAAUAUAUGUAAGAGAUUAAAUAAGAACUGUUGAUCUGUAUAUUUUUUAGAAAACUUCAAAUAUUUAUUUUGUCAGCUUCUUCUGAAAAUGAAUGCAACUUUAUUUCUCAUUACAGUACAUUAUACUGCAUUAUGCAGUAAAAAAAUUCACUUGAAAUAAAAUUUGAUACUUCUAAUGUCCAUGGUUGUAAAUGUUGUUUUCAAUACCUGUGCUUAAAGUUCAGCAAAUUAUUUUUAUUCUAUGUGUUUUUAAUUUCCCAAUAUUAGUUGUAAAUGAGAGUUUGUAAGUAUAGCCUAAUGGCAUUUGAAUUUAUUACAAGUAAAAUUGUUUUGAGGUUCUACCGACAUAUAUUGUACCUUUAUUGUCUACUUGGCUGUAAAAAUGAUGGUGCAAAAUCUCAGUUGUUCAUAUUGUUGUACAAUUACUUUAUCUGUAACAAUCACAAUAAACAAUUCAUUUGUGGAAAAUAA